ACUAAACGCGUAUCAAAACCGUGACCACUGCUCUACUUCUCUCUCUCUCUCUCUUUUAUUUUUUUUCUGCUUUCCGCCACUUUACCCCUUCACUCACUCUCUCCUUUCUUUUUUUGCCUUCUUCGCAACGGCCGACUCUUCCAAUUUUCUCUACAUAUAAAAAAGAUAAAAAGCUUUUUUUUUUCAAUCGCUCACAUUAUCAAUCACUGUUUUUGUUUUUGUUUCUUUUUCUUAGCCGCCAUGGGAGUGGACUACUACAACAUACUGAAGGUGAAUCGGAGCGCGAGCGACGAAGACCUGAAGAAAGCGUACAGGAAACUGGCGAUGAAGUGGCAUCCGGACAAGAAUCCGGCGGUGAACAAGAAAGAGGCGGAGGCUAAGUUCAAGCAGAUCUCCGAAGCUUACGACGUUCUCAGCGACGCUCACAAGCGUAAGAUCUACGACCAGUACGGCGAGGAAGGACUCCAGUUCGCCGAGGGGAAUAAUUCGGCCUCGUUCCGGUACAAUCCUCGUGACGCUGAUGAUAUUUUCGCCGAGUUCUUCGGCGGAUCUCGCGCCGCCGACGAUCGCGCGGGCCGGUACGGCGACGCCGCUGCCGGUAGAAGUCAGUUUAAUUUGAAUAGCAAUAAUCAGAGUCAUAAUCGCAAUCACAAUCAUAAGAAUAACAAUAGUAAUAAUAAUGUUGUUAAUAAAAAUAAGAAAGCUGAGGCGAUCGAGAGCAAAUUGGUUUGUAGUCUGGAGGAUCUUUACAAAGGUUGCAGGAAGAAGAUGAGGAUUUCGCGUUUGGUUCCCGAUGAGUUUGGUGCUGUGAUAGGUCAGAAUUUGAGAGCAGAUGCCAAUAUCUUGGUGGAUGACUUGCCACGUAUCGUCGCCAUUUUCUUUUCUGUUAAAUUUGUUGACAAGCUUAAACCAUUUGAAGUCUGAGACUCUUAGCAAUUGAGUUGGGGUGUCCUUGGUGGUUGAAGUGAUAAUUACUCAAAUAAAUUCAGGUCUGGUGGUAAGCAUCCAGUCCAGCAUUCAGCUGGGUAAUCAUUGUGCCGACCCCAGUGUUUUGACGUUGAUGUAAUUCCUAAUGCUCAACUAUGGAAAAGAAUGGCUGCUAAGGAACUGAAAGGGACAUAGCAUUCCUUUUCUCAGGGUGCAGAGAGAGUAUCUUGUAUGAUAGUCGUAUGCAGCACCUCGUCUCUUGUCCUAUUCUUUUUCACAAGGAUGGAAUUUUGAUAUGGUUUUUUAGGUACUGUAUCAUAUAUUUUCCCAACUGAAUUCAAUUAUGUGGUUGCACUUAUCAAUGAAUUACAUGCUUGAAAUUAAUUUUCUUUCAAAAAGAUAUUCACUAUUUUUAUUGCAUUGGUCGAUACAUGCUUUCGGUUGAUUUCAAUUGGGAACUUAUAAAGUACAUUAGCUAAGGAACUAUAUUUGGUACUUUUUACAAAGAGUUGUAAGCAAAACUUGUAAUUUAGCAAAAUGUUUUGUCGGUUUACUAACAAAUACAGAUAUUUGUAGUAUUAGAAAAAGUAGUCAAAAGUUGAGGCAAUUGUAUUAUAUACAAUAUUAAUAAUGAUUGAAAUAAAUUCGGUGCUUAUCAAAUUAGCUUGCACCUGGAUUUUGCCUCUAUCGUGUAAAGAUGACUGUCAGUUGAACUGUAAUGGUCUUCGCAUGAAUGCAGAUGUUGAUGGUUUAUUGAA